ACAAAAGCUGUUUUCAGUUCCCAACGUUGGUAACUCACACGAGACAUCGCCAUCGCGAUCGCCGACUAAAAUUUAUCGCGUCGCGUUGCGUUGCGUUGCGUCACCGUCGCUUCGCGCCGCUGCUCCAAGCUCUCCGCUAUUUUUUUGUUGUGCUAUAUACAGUGUACAGUGUACAGUGUACGUCUUGUCGUUUUCAUUUUCGUAUUCGCAUUCGCAUUCGCAUUCGCAUCCGCAUCGGCUGAUUAUAUGUAGUAUGGUACUCUCGUUCUCGUGGCGGUUGCCGAUGCCUUAAUUCUGCCAAAAUGAACAAACUACUCGAAUAGCUCAUCGGCGCGGCGCAUCCAAUGGCGGCAAAGGUGACGGCGACACCAGCGAGGAAGAAGCGCAAUAACGACCGCCGCAGCAGCCGUAACGACGGCGGCACCGACCGCAAAUCGUACCAUUGUCGAUCCGAGUAUAUCGUUGUUUGAGUUGCGGUUCAAUUGUUUAAAUAAUGCCGUAGACGAAGAAACAGUUUGAAAGAUGUCCUAAUAUGGAUAAAAGUUUGCUGUUACGAGGGACCAUAAUCUUUUUAUGCGUUGUAUCGAAUGCGAUAAAAGAAACCUUUUCGGCUGUCGAUUUAUUCGACGAAGGCAAAUCCGAUAAAGAAAUUUUAGAUAAUCUGUUGAAGAGAACUCGUUACGAUAAACGAUUACUUCCGCCAGUUGAUGGUACUCUAACUGUGAACAUGAGUGUACUUCUAAUGAGUCUGGCCUCACCGGACGAAUCGAGUUUGAAAUACGAAGUGGAAUUCCUGCUGCAGCAACAAUGGCAGGAUCCCAGACUGAACUACGGAAAUCAAAGCAAAUACGAAUACUUGAACGGUAUACACCACCACGACGACGUCUGGCUUCCUGAUACUUAUUUUAUAAUGCACGGCGACUUCAAAACGCCUCUCAUACCGGUUCAUUUUGCUCUAAAGGUGUUUAGAAAUGGCACAAUCGUGUAUUACACUAGACGACAUUUAAUUUUAUCGUGUCAAGGAAGUAUCAGCGUAUUUCCAUUUGACGACCCGCUGUGUUCAUUCGCCAUGGAAAGCAUAUCAUACGAAAAAUCAGCAAUCGAAUACGUAUGGAAAAAUGACGAAGCAACGUUGAGAAAGUCGCCGUCUUUGAAAACAUUGAACGCUUAUCUGAUAAAAAAUCAAACUAUUACAUGCAAGCUGGAAAGUUGGCGAGGUAAUUACAGCUGCUUAAAGGUGGAAUUAAUGUUCACCAGAGAUCGUGUGUUCUACUUUACGACAGUUUUUAUACCGGGUAUUAUUUUAGUGACGUCUUCGUUUAUAACAUUUUGGCUGGAAUGGAACGCCGUGCCUGCCAGAGUAAUGAUUGGUGUUACGACAAUGCUCAAUUUUUUUACAACUUCAAACGGUUUUCGCUCCACUCUGCCCGUUGUAUCGAAUUUAACAGCCAUGAACGUUUGGGACGGAGUGUGCAUGUUUUUCAUUUACGCCAGCCUUUUGGAAUUCGUUUGCGUUAAUUACGUCGGACGUAAACGGCCGCUUCACAACGUCGUUUACAGACCCGGAGAAAAUCCCGUAAUACAGCGAUUACCCGUUGUGCUCAGUCAAAUUGGUAUUUUUAUGUCAACUCCGCUGGGUAACAAUAAUAACAAUAAGAAACGCGAUGAAAAUGGCAGCGAUAUCACGUGCACCAACUGUACAACUGGUUGCACUCCAAACGCUUGCAAACACCAACACGAAAUCAACAACGUUGGAAUUUUAGGACCAACAACGGCCGACUUGAGGAAGAAAGAGCCACCGCAUCCGAUCCGAGUUGCCAAGACAAUAGAUGUGAUUGCCAGAUUUGUUUUUCCCGUCGCGUACGCUCUGUUUCUGCUCUUCUUCUUUUUCCAUUACAAGGGAUUUUCGUAGAAGCUGAAAUCGUGUAAUUUGACUAUCGUUUUGACUGGCGCGGACGCGGACGCGGACGCGGACGUGGACGCGGACGGGCGUGCCAAUAAAACAGUUUAGCGGUACCUACCUAGGAGAUGCUACGUGUACGUGUACGUACCCUCAGGUCGUACGUAUGUGUAUACUGUAUAAAUGUUUCUGUGGCGAUCGCAUCGAUGUGUAUCGAGUAGAUACGACCAGUAGUUAUUACGCGUACCUAUACCUACGUCUUAUUAGUUGGAUUCCGGAUACCGGAUGCCAAAUGCCAAUUGCCAAUUGCCAAUUACCUAUUGGGCAAAACGAAGCGUACCUUAUACGUACGAAAAACCGUAUCCAGCUGCGGCAAUGACGUGUACACAUAUUUCACAAUGUACUGACUACUUACCUUCUACCUACUUAGCUGCCUAUCUGCUCGUGCUCGUGCUCUCGUAUUCUCGUAUCUACUUAUUCGUAUUAUUUGUUUAAUCGUACGCGUACUCGUACUCGUACUCGUAUUACUUCGAAUGUAAUCAAAACACUCGUAUAUUGUGUAUUUACGUAUGUAAGUAUGUAAUGUACAUAUCUAGGUAUCUAAUUUUAAUUUUUAUCGUUUUCGUUUCAUUGCAGCGCAACGUAAGACAGUACAUCUCUGUGUUUACUCGCGUCGCGUCACGUCCCCCUCCUCUGUAUACCGUAUCUGUCCAAGUGUCCAACCUCCCUCCCUCCCUUCCUUCCUCUAGAUGCAGUAUGUACUGUUUACUUACUUACUGGAUUGCCGGUUCAAUAUGUAUUACCCUACUAAUUGUACAUAUUAUAAAUGUGCCGAUGCCGAUGUCGAUGUCGUACCAAACUAAAAAUAGUAUUGUUCGAUGUGCUGGGCAAUGGGCAAGGGGCAAUGGGCAAUGGGCAUGUUUGCAAACUCGGGUAUGGUAUUACGUACGUGGCCCAGCCGGUGCAGGCUUUCGUUUUGAAGACAGGCGAUUUCUCUUACGGACAGUUUUGAAAGAAGAUGUAAUUGUAAGUAAAAGAAAGCGAAGCAUCAACCUGCGCGGUGGUUACCUAUACCUACAGCAGUACAGCUGUUAAGUGGACCGUUUGGUAAUGGUACUCGAGCUCGACCGCGACACUCGCAUGUACCUUGACAGGUAAGGUACCUACCUACAUAUAUGUACUUUUGUAACCGUGCCCACUGCCCUGCCCCAUCGUCAUUGUUAUUAGGUAUCAUAGCCCAUAUAGGUGCGGUAUUCGUAUUGCGAGUACCCUAUCUACUUACUCGUACUUAUGCAGUUAUGCACCUACAAAAUUGUAAUUGUAUCUAUGUAAAUUAAUGGUAAUGUAAGAUGCAGAUGUAGGUAUACCUUACUCAAAACCAAAAGUAGUUACCAAUAAUUACCAUACCAUACCAUACCAACGCCGCCGCUGUACCUAGUCUUACAUUUAGUCGGCGAAAAUUUUGUUUUGUACUUUUUAAGAAAUUCGCAACGAGAGCUUAUUUUGUGCCCUGCCACGCGCGCGUUAACGUUACUCGUGCAACGUACGUGUACACCUGUACACCUGUACACCUGUAUAGCUGUACAACGUACAAUAUCAAACUGUACCACUAAACCACUAUCCAUCCACGCAACUUGAUCCUAAUACCUAGGUACCUAAAAAAAUAAAACAUACUGUAAUUAUAUUACGUAUACGUAUCCAGUGUAGUGUAGACGUAUCCCUACUGUAAAUGAUGAGUCAUGUGCGGUAGCUGUAGUCUCAUUUCCAACUAUGGGAAUGCGAACUACGGUACACAGCAGCUACACACUACACACUACACAGCUACAGCUAUUCGCUCGUAGGUAGACUUGUAGACUUACUCGCCUACCUAGGUGGCUAGGUAUCGCUAAUACGAUAACGAUACGUAAGUAGGAAAAGUUGCGGUUGGUUUUUGACGACAAAAAGCAGAAGCACCGAAAUUAAAGCUACUACAUAUAUAAGCUUGGAAGAGACCAAUCUAACCUUGAAAAGGUAACCAGCCGAAUUGGCUAAGUUAUUUGCUCAACAUGAUGUGAUACUUGUACGGUAGGCUAAUUCAGUCGCAUAUUAGGCCUAACGCCUAACGAUAGCGAUAGCGACAUUGCCAGCCAAUUUUUACAAAAAAUAACACCUAAGUAGAUAUACAAUACCAGCUACCACGUGUACUGCUACUGCACAGUGCACUUACACACUCGUUAUGCUUUUCCGCAGUAAACCAUAGUAAAAUUGGACCCGGUCGCAAAAUGGGCGAAAAUUGCCUUCUCUCCUCAGUCCCCAGUCCCCAGUCACCACAAUUUGUCCCACUCCCACUCCCACUCUCACACUAACUAUACUCAGUAGCCCCCCCCCCCUAUUUGAUUCGAGUUUCAAUAUACGACGAGUAGGAGUAGUUACUCGUGUUCGUACAAUCGAUUUACCUAUACCUACCUAUGUACUUAUUUAUCGAAUUAAUGUUUUUAUACUUAAAUUAGUGUUGGUAACCGCAAAUUGCAAAUUGCAAAUCGUAAAUCGUAAAUCGCAAAUCGCAAAUCGCAAAUCGCAAAUCGCAAAUGCAACACCUAUAAAAGUGAUGAUUUACCCGUUCACGAGGACUCAUUUGUUACCUACUGCGCGGUUUGUGUUUUCUUAGUUAUUAACUACUCGUAUAUGUACGAGUACGUAUAGGGUACAGGGUACCGGGUACCGGGUACCGGGUACCAUACGAUUGCGAUUACGAUUACUACUCGUUAUUUCAUCGUUUAUUUUUUAAUAUAAAUGUACAACGAUAUUAUUACAAAUUACAAAUACGAUUAACUAUUUAUUACGGUUAUACUUUUAUUAAUAUUUAUGUAUUUAUAUUUUUUACCUAUUAUUCACAAAUUGGCACCAAUUUUUUUUUGUUUUUUCAAAGAAACUCCGAGCUUUGAUAUUGCCUUUCACCGACAGCUUGUCGUAUGUAUUAGUGUAACGAAUUUAAAAUUUGAGCUUUAUGUCAUCGUAUGUACACACCGUACAUCACGUAUCCUUAUCCUUAUUCUUAUUCUAAUUCUUACUCGUACAAUGUACCUACUUAAUACUCGAUACUCAUCCACUCGUUUGUAUCUUACCUAUAAAAUACCUAUCUACAUUCUACAGUACCUACUACCUAUUGUAUCUACUCUUGCUCGAGAUACUGACGAUAGUCGAUAGACUAUCGAUAGACCCAUACAGAAUACAGAUACUUUUUGAUCUGUACGCGCGCGUAUGCCGGCAGCCGGCAGGUACCUGUAGUCGGAGGCGUGACGAAUGGGAGAGGGCACUGAAAUUUUCCCGACUUUUUUCGCCAGAUUUCUACUCCAGACCUCCCACACCCACACCCACACCCACACCCACACCCUCGCAAAUUUUGGAUGCUCGAACAAAUUUUGAGUAGACUAGGUAGUACAUAGGUACCUACCUACGUCUUAAUGUUGAAUAAUUUUAAAUUUUCAAAAACGGCGCUGGUCUAUAGCUGGUUGAAAAUCAAAUUCAAAAAGAGAAUAGAACACUUGUUUGUCCGAACAAGUUGGGAGCGCAACAUUUUUGGAAAAUUUUCGAUUUUGUCCGAAGCGAAGCGAGUGUGAGAGCUUCAAAUUCGAGAAGUGAAAACCCGCGGUUUUUUGAAGAUUCCUCGAUUUUCGCCGUUCAUACAAGUUCUUAUCGACUCGACGUUUUGCCAAAUUUUUUCUGUCUGGAUCGGGAAGGGGGAGGUGAAAUACCCCCCCCCCCCUCCUGUCUACCAAACAACUUCCCGUGUGGCACGCUUCUGCCUGCAGUUCUGUAUGGUACAUAUCAAUUAUCAACCCCAAUAGGUACCGCAAUAGCUAUACCGUUGACCGCGCUGCAUACUCGGAAAUAAUUUUUUUUGUUAAAACUGUACAUAAGUUGGUCAUAGUGAGCAGCAGCGCUGGGUAUCUAUUAUGAAAAUUCGUUAAAGUUAACGAAUUCGUUAACUAUUCGUUAACUUAACGAGAGAUAUUUUCUCACACGUAAACUUAACAUGGCUUAACGAAAAGUUAACGAAAGGUCGCAGAAAAAAUAUGCGAGUUAACGAAUUCGUUAACUCUAACGAAUUUUCAUAAUUCCAGCCCUGGUGACUUGUGAUUCGUGCAUAUGUCUAUUUCUACGUGUCCAACCUACAAAAUUUUAACCAAAAAAAAAAAGAAAAAAAACUCGCUGCGACGUGUGCAUGAUCGAAAUUUUUUAGCACGCUGUAAUACCUACCGCAUUAAUAAUUUCAAAACAACAACUAACUACCUACCUACCUACCUACCUACCUAUGCCAAAAAACUAAAAAAAAAUUACCGUCAUCUCGUAUUCUAAUAUAGGUAGGUAUAAUUGUUUCCGCAUGUAGAAUAUCUAGGUAGGUACCUAAUUUUUUAAGAGACCUCCUUGCGGCUAUACGAUCGAGUACCUACAUUACUUGUAAGUUGUACUUGUUCUAUCCACGCUCACACAUUUGCAACCUUUUCUACUUAUCCAUACGCCAUACGCCAUAAAUGCGAUUAUCUACAUAGGUACACUUACCUACGUACGAUUGUAUGUGUCUAAUACCUAUACGUUUACGUGUAUACUUUAAUACCUAGUACAUAUAUGUUUUAUUGUCUACAAAAUACUUGUACUAAUUAUUUACUCGAUUACGUAAUAGAGGUACGUAUUGUAUGUUUCAUGUUUACUUUUCUUUUCUUUUUUAAUUUAUUACGAGUAUCUUCUUCUUCUUCUUCUUCUUCUUCUCCUCCUCCUUCUUCUUUUUAUUAUUAUUUUUGUUUUUUUAAAUUUAUUUUUCGUUUUUAAUAUAAUAUAAGUUACCUACCUAUUUAUUUUGUAUCGUUUAAUCAUACGGUAUAACAUUUUUAGACGACCAUUAUUUAUGUGUAAAAAACCAUUUUGUUAGUUUAAUAAAUCGUUGUUAUAAAAUGG